AGAGCAAAAACUAUUACUCCAAUGUUACCAACUUCAACACCACCUCAUGAGCAGAAGAAUUUAUGUGAAAAUGAAGAUACACAAUAGAAAUAAGUUCACAUUAAUUAUUUAUUAACCACUCAGCAGUAACCGACAGAUAUAUCUGUCAAGGGCGAUCGUGUGGCAGUGGUGAAGGACAGAUAUCGCCAAAAACUACUGCGAAAAAAAAUUCACAUAAAAAGGAAUUAUGUAACAAUAAAAAAGACUUUUCUUUACUAGUCAUAACUGUUUACAAAAUCUUUUUCCAAAACGGUAAUGAGAAAAAAACACAUGGAAAAAAAUUUUAAAAAUUUCCCACAUUUAUUCUCCACUAUAUAGAGAUAGCAACAUACCUUACUAACCCACUGCUGAAAGGUUAAGAAUUUAUUAUUUAUUACUGGCUAAAGACUGACUACAACACUACCCCACAACUGGCAAGAGCAGAAUCCAAGCAAAAUUUAAAUUUUAGAUGUAAGGUCAAAUUGUCUGUAAGUUGAAUGUUUUUAAGUAGAGGAGCUCCUGUAUAUGCCAUGCUAGGGUAAAAGCACAAGUUAGCCAUGAACCAUGGAGGGACUUUGAAACUAAAGUUAACUUCAUUCUGUGCUUUGAGUGUCUUGUAUGGUUAUAUCUAAAUUAAUUAAUUACUUUGGAAGUAAAAAUCUGACUGAGGUCUGGGUAGUGUAACUAGCAGUAUAUCUUCAUGGUAAACAGGAGUUGUGGAUUUGAGUCCUGCUCUGGGCUGUUCUGUUCUGUUCUUCAGAAUAUUUUAAAUGUAAAUAAAAAAUUAAUUUAUUUCUAAUUACAGGUAUCCCUCAUACAACACGGUACUUCUACAACAUGGUUUGAAAAUUGGAGAUAUUUCCUGUACAACAUUACUUCCAGUUUCACUGUAAAAUGGUUUUGAAAAUCUUCCAUACAAAAUUUUACAAUUUUUAAUCAUAAACUUUGUUAUUCAAUAUUUUUUUAUUCAAAUAAGUGCAUGUGUUUUCUCAAAUUUGCUCAUGGAUAUUAGAAUAUUGAAAUUUUCAAAUUAUAUUGUGCUUUUCGUCAGGUUUACUAUAAUGAAAAUGUAUAGUACAAGGAAGAGAAAAUUGCACUAACUUUCCUAUCAACCAGAUGAUGAAACUAAAUCAAACAAUAAAAAAUGAAUUCCUGAAAAAAAAAAUGAAAAAAUAAGAAAAUAAUGUUACUGACUAUUCAUUUCCUGUAUAAUGUAUUAAGAAGUAUCAGAAUUUCAAUACCAUCAUGAAUGAGCAAUCUGCACACAUAGUUGCUCCUCCAUAUUGCAUGCAGAAUCAGUCUGAAACAGAAAAAGAUGAAAGGUAUUUGGAAAAAAUUACUCAUUGGGAUACUAGGUCAUUUAGUCCUAAUUUUCCGCCAAGUGUCCACAUAGACUAUCCGACAAAAGAAGAAAGAAAAGAUAUAUCUCAAAACAAUGAUAGACAAUGGACAAUUGACUGGAGGUGCAGUAUUCCAAAUACUGUAAAUAUAGAUAUUAGAAAUGAAAGACAACUUCAAUUGCCUCAUUCAUCAUAUAUACAAAGUAGUAAUAACAAUAGAGAAUCUUAUGUAGUUACUUCUUAUUCACAUUAUAAUGAAAUUGAUAAUUCGAAUGAUGUGUCUGUUACUGCUUUACCAUCAAAUAAUCUAAAUCAAAUUUCUUCAACAGCGUUAGAACAGGUUUAUCCAAUUGAUUCAAAAUUACAAAUCAAAAAUAAAAAAUUUAUGAAACCUAAGUACUAUGUUGGAGAGACUGAUUGGAAUUACCAACCUCUUGAUUCUAGUGAUCAAAUAUAUGAACAGUAUGAAAAUGAAAUUGAAAAAAAUUCAGCAAUAAAUUUAUCAUUUACAAAUGAAGCACAAAUUUAUAAUAAACAGAAAGUGUCAAAUGAUCAGCAGAGAAAUCCAAUGGAAGUAAUUACUGAUGAUCAGUUUAAUAAUUGGAAUGUUCCGAAUAAUAAACCAUUGAUGGGAGAAAAUGUUGCGGCAAUGCCUAUUUUAGAAAAAAUAGAUAAAAAAUCAGCAUUAGAUGCUCUUCACAUUGAGAAGGCCAGUACUUUUAUGGAACUACGUACUUACACUCCUCCAACAGAAAGAGAGAUGCCAGUUUUGGAACAUAUGAUUGAAUCAUAUGGAGUUCAAAAUAAAUUUAAACAGUAUUCUAACAGAGGAAACUUUACUGAACUUAAUGUAGAGACAUCCUUAUAUGAUGAUAAUUAUGAUAAAAAAGCAAUAUAUCAAGACGUUGGUAAUAAUUUAAUGGUGCCAAACUCAAACACAUUAUAUUUACCUUGUCAGGAGAAAAAGAUCAAUCCGAGAACACAAGCUAUUCGAAACAUGAAGCGCAUGAGAACCUCCCUUUACACUCAAAAUCCAGUUCAACAAGAUAAGUAUGAGGAUGAUAUCAAUACAGAAGAUUUGCCGUUAGAAGAUAAUCUAUCAAAAAUAUAUCAUUCUCAUAAGAAAUAUAAAUUAAAAGAUAAAAAAGCAUCAUCUUAUGAAAAGAAUUUUUAUAAUGAUCAUUAUUUAAUGAAAUUUCAAGAUUUUUAUGUGUCAUCUGAUAUCAAUAUGGAUCAUCUUAAAAAAAUUGGUCAAGAAAAAUUAGCUUUAGAAAAAUUACCAGAAUCUGUAUUUAAUGAAUAUAAAGUUUAUGAUUAUUAUAAAACUGAAAGUACUGUUAUUCUUCCAAGUGAUAAAGAUUUUCCUCUAAAAAUGACUUUUAGGAUUAAUAGAGAAUGCAAUAUGGAUGCUUUAAAAUCUGAUAACUUUGAUUAUAAAAACAACCAAAAAUUUCCUCCUUUUCAUGUUGCUUCAAAUACUGCCGAAAAAAUUUCAAAGAAAAUGAUGAAAUCAAAAUAUUCUAUAAGUGAUAGCUCUAAUGAAUUCAAUGAUGUACAAGUUAGCAAGUUUACAACUUCCAGUAUGUCAAGUAAUUCACCACCAAUCAGAUUACCAUUAAAAUUAAAAAUUAAACUUCCAAACAAAGAUUUUCUAAAUUACAGACAAAGUGUAGUUGAAUCAGAUACUUCAGAUUCAUCUAAAUCUUAUGAAGUUAAACUGCGAGAGAGAAAAUGUUUGAGAGAGAGAACCUCUCUGCGUACAAAAAGCAAUCCGAGGCAAGUGGGUAAAAUGCGCACAAAGCGUUCGACUGUUGACUAUGGACCUGAUGCAUAUUAUCAUUUACUUAAUAUUGAUGAAUUGUGGGAUGUUUUGGAUGAUGAUGUUUCUGCAACAAAAAAGCAAACUAUGUUGGCAUAUCCGGAGAGUAAAAGAACUGAUCAAAUUGUAAGUGAUGAUUAUCAGUCACAAUCUAUAUUAAAUGCAUCACAGAAUAAUUUUCAGAAUACAUUUAAUUUACCGACUGCAUCAGCAGAAGUUCUAAGUUCCCAAGAACAGAUGUCCUCUUUUGAAUUUCAAACUCAAAAAGAAGAAAUGCGCACAGAAAUCAAAACAGAGAGUAAUGAUUCAUCAUCUGCUAGAAAAAGUAUUCUUGUAUCAACCAAAGGGGAAGAAAUAUAUGACUUUGUGUUGCAAGAAAAUAUGAAUGAAAAAACUGAAAAUUUUGUUUCUAAACAGUGGAAAAAAGAAAAUGAUUCAAUUCAUAGUGAUGUGCUACUUCAGAAUGUCUGUGAUAAUAAUCCUGAAGAAAAUCAAAAGUUUAAUACUCGCGACGAUGGUAUGUCAGUCAAAACUAAAUCAACACAUUCCGAGUUCUUAGAUUGCGAUAAACUUUCACACGACAGGAUUUCAUACGAAGGCAUUGCUCAGUCUGAUUUACAGGUCUUUCCUAUUACCAAAAACUGUUCGAAUAAUUAUCGGCAAUCUGUAAUAUUCCAGCAUGAAACGCAGGUACAGCCUUUAAUGUUACAGAAAGAUUGCAAGAGUUCAGAAAUGGAUUUAAGUAAUGAGACUAAAGAUAUGUUUCUUACUUGUGAUGAAAAUAAAAAUCAGUUGGUUUGUGAAUCAAAUAUUUCAUCCACAAAUUUAGAUAAUUUAGAAAUGUCAGUUUGUCAAAAAAUCUCACCACUAAAUCAAGAAAAAAUUUAAGUUGUUAUUGUUUUUAUUUUGACAAAAAAUUAAUCUGAAU